AUGAGUCCGCUCUACACACUGAAUGAUAGAGUCAUCUCGGGACAUCUACAAUCUGCCAAUGAGGCGUGUUUACAAGGCUUUACGACUGGUCUGGAAUUCCGGGCAAUUCCCAAAUAUCUGACAUCAACGGUUCUGUCGCGGACUCUGCUGCGUACGCUCGCGUCUCCGAAUUUACGUCCGCCGUCCACUCUGGCUGAUCUCUAUGUCAAGGCGCGGCUGAAAGAAUGA